AUGGCUACAUUGGGCAGGUCGAACAUUUCAAUUUGGUCUGUACCAUACAUCAAGUUGACUGCCCGAAAUUCAUCGGAGCAUGAUGUUGAAACAGACUAUAACGAAACAGCUUUAAACGACAGAGACACGAUUGUGUCAAGGAGACCUUCCAAAAGACGUGGGACAAUACCAACGUUCGAAGACAAUAUCUCUAUUAGUUUUAGUUACAUUAGAAGAGGAAAGAUGUCUAAAUCUGGUUUGAGACACGAACCUUUAAUUGAGGAAGAUAGAGAUUAUGAUAAAGAUGUUUCACCAUGUAUUGGAAUAUCUAUUGGUGUAUGUGCUGCUAUUGCUGGACUAGGAGGUAUUGGUGCCAUUGUCAUAUUGAAGGCUUUAGAGCUCUAUAGAACCGAUAUCAGUUAUUUAUACAUGUCAUGUUAUCCGUUUGUCUUCCCUGUCAUUACUGGUGUUGCCAUGGCUUAUAAAAGGAAAAUGGGAUCGCUGACUUUACAUUUUGGUGUAUUGAUAUUUGGUAUGAUUGGAGGAUCUGUAUUCUAUGCUUUUUCCAUCUUCCCCGUUUAUAUGGACAAAGAUAAGUGCACUGAUGUCCUUAUGGAAGGUGACUGUCAAAAGACUGCUCUUGUUUAUUUGUAUGUUGCUUUUGGUGGAGUUGGAGUUGUUUUCUCUUUAUUCGGAUUUUUAUGUACUUUAUGCGCCUGUUGUAAAGCAUCGAAAACAAUUGCUAGCCGAAUAGAACACGAAGAAACCAGACAACAAAUGAAACAACAGUCAGAAUUGGAAGCUAAGAAACAAAUGAAAGCAGCUGGUAUGAAAUCCAACUACACACCAACCACAAACAAUGGUACAGCCAAACAAAAUGGUGGAUAUGAAAAUUUGGCUGCUAAUUUAGAUGAUAAAUUAAUGACAAAAUUGUAAAGAAGAGCUUGUUUUAUUUUCUACUGAACAUGUUUUUGUGUGAAUGAGUUAUUAUUUGAAUAAUUGUUUUGUAUGGCGACUGUAAUUAUGUUAAUGUAUUUAUUUAUGUUAUUUUUUAAUGUUCGUUUGUUGAGAAUUUGAAUGAAAAAGGAUACGCUUUACGACAUUUAUAAAGGGACCCAAUAACUUACAUAUUAUGGAAAUUUAUUAUGUCGGUGUGUGUUUUAUGAUUGUGUUGUAUUUUGUUGUGUUGUAAAUUUGAUAUAUUCAUAUGCUAUGUAUCUGUCAUUGUUAUAAUAUAGACACUUUUAUUUAGGUUACUAUUAAACAAUUAGAUAAAUUGUAUUCAUUUAAUAUGUAGUGGAAGCAUUGGCGAAUAUAUUAUGUAAAAGUAUGUUGUAUAUCGUUUUGUUCUGUUGCAGUACAUGUUUUGCUGUUUUUGAUUUUAUGCUGCGAUGCGAUCAAUGGAAUGGACUGAGUACAUCAGUUGUAAUGUUGGAAUGAGAUAAGAAAAUGUCAUGCAGAUCUAAAUGUAUUUUGUUACCGAUAAAAAUUAAUUUGAAUGUGCGUGAAUGGGGAAUAAAUGUGAUACAAAAAAAUAACUUUUAUAUACUUAAAUUAAAUAUAAUCUUCAAAAUCCAAAUCAUUUUUUAAACACCACAAUUU